AUGGCGAAGCGCCUCGCCGUCGCCCUCCUGCUGCUGGUCCUGCUCGCGUCCAGCGACGCCGGUGCUGCUGCCCGUGCUGCUAUUGGCGUCGGCGAGAAGAAGGCUCUGGUGCCCGGGCUGCCGGUGGACCUCCCUCUCCCUGGCCUCCCCGGGCUGCCUGGGCUCCCUGGGCUCCCUGGGCUGCCGGGGCUCCCUGGGCUCCCUCCCGUUCCCAAAUUGACGGCCACCAACAAGUCUCCAUGA